GCAUCUCUAAAGAUGAUAACAUUCUACGGACUGUUUACAUUCUUCACACAUACUCUGUUUGGAUUUGAAGUGGUCUUUACCCCGGCAGUAAUCUCAGCUUUGUUUGCCGCCAUACCUCUACUAGGCAGCUACUGGGUAGCACUGCCCGCAUCACUCUACCUGGCUGUUGCGCAACAGUCCUGGAUCAAAGCAUCACUGCUGUUCGGCCUGCACUUUCUCUGCUACAAUGUUGUCGACGUGGCCAUAUACUCUGAGAUCAAAGGUGGUGGACAUCCAUACCUGACCGGCUUGGCUGUGGCCGGGGGUAUGUACAUAUUUGGACUGGAAGGCGCAGUCAUCGGCCCUAUCAUCCUGUGCUGUGGCCUGGCAGCCAUGGACAUCUACCGCACCAUGCUCAAUCCUAGUAUUCAGAAAACCUAGCCACAGUUAUCAGCAGCAGCAUCAGCACCAUCACCAGCCACACAUCUUUACAGGUCAAUCUUCCUGUUUGUUGUUGUGGAUCCAUGUUUCAUGUUGGAACGGAAAAUGUUAUCUCAAUUCCGUAUUUGCUGCGAAUGGUGUCCAAUUCUUGAAAGUUAUUUAUUGAGAUCAUGAUACUUCAAUUCUGGAAAAGAAGUUUGACGGAAUUUAAGUAUCAGCGCAUCUUGGCUGGCUCUCUUUCGUAUUUCUUUGAGUAUGAUUGCGAGUGAUCAGUUUGUAUUUCUUUGAGCCUGAUUGCGAGUGAUCAGUUUGUAUUUCUUUGAGCCUGAUUGCGAGUGAUCUGUUUGUAUUCAAUGCCUGCACAUUCCCUAACAGUGUCGUGUAGUGUGAUAUUAAAUUGGUACUGGAGACCAAGGUAAAACAUAGAUCACAGUCGUAUAGUUGUAUCACAACAGGCUACUACGGCUCAUCAGUUGUCUAAGGUGUGCACCUAGUCAGAUCAAGCAUUGAUUAUUCGCUUACACUUUGGACAGCAAAUCCGCCCAUUCUCUUGCUCCUUGAUUUCCACUUCUUGAUAAGCCCUUUCUUGAACCAUGAAAUGUAUUUCUGUUAACAUUCCGCAACUGUUUGCAUGAGUUACUUCGGCUUCACUCUACACCGUAUUUUAGUUAUAAUAAUAAUAUUAUGUAGCAUGUGUGGAUCUACUCACCUUCCGCUGAUUAAGGAGAGCUGCAUCUGCACCUUGAUCCUUGA